CUUUGUUUGUACCUCUGUGUGUGGCCGCCAUCUUGAGGAUGUCUGUUGGAAUUACACACGCGGAAGUUAAAAGCACACCGCACGGUAGAGGGGGCCAUAACACAAAGCUCCCAGUUUGGACUCGCACGGUUGUGUCUACCCCGGCACAGCCUGGUAUGAGUGGAUCCAGCUCGCUUCCAGCAGCCCCACGUUAACACGGACCAAAGUUAUCCCGGAAUAAGGACCAGCACGCAUGUGCAGUCAACCCGGAUGUAGAAUUUUUGUUGUUGUUGUUGUACGUGCUCGGUCCCCGUCUCGCCAAGUUAUGACAAAAUUGCUUCUAAGAAUGAAUGAUUUAUUUUAGCCUGUCCAAAACCAGUCCGAGCCAGCAGCCGUGUCGACCUACGUGGAUGUCACUUGUGGGACACAUCUCCACAACGAGCAGUUUGCGACGAGCUGCACUUUUGAUACUACGGCGAGACGCCAUAAGUGGAAAGACGUCCCGUUACGUAGAAGGAUGGACUUCCGCGGCAGGAGGCACGAGCGAGGCAGCAACUGGACCGACCCGGAGAUCGUGGAGCUGCUCCAGCUGUGGUCCGACGAGUCGGUGCAGAUUGAGCUGGAGAGCUCACUGCGCAACCAGCGAGUGUUCGACCGCAUUGCGCACAUCCUGCGCGACAAGGGCAUUUUCCGCACAGGUGACCAGUGCAGGGAGAAGAUCAAGAAGAUGAAGCUGGAGUACCGUCGAAUCAAAGACAACCACAAAAUGAGGUCCUGGAAGUUUUACGACGUGAUGGACAGGGUGCUGGCGAACCGACCGGCCAUCACCUACUCGUCGCUGGGCGGAGCUGUCAUAGCCCAGCAGGUGUUCCAGGGCCCCGGUGGGCCUGACGCGUACCUGCAAGGAGUUCCACCCUGCGCCUUUGGCCCUGCCUCCUCGGGUGGGUUUCUGUUUGGUCAGCCCCCCAGACCGGGAGAUCCACUGGAUAUCAAGUGUGAAGAUGUGGAGGAGAGCAUGCUGAACUCGAGUGCUGCGCCCCCUGAGAUGUACUACGGAUCUGGAGAUGAGCAGGAAAGUGAUGGGCAAUCUCUACUGGGGCCGGAGGAUACACUGGGCCAAGGAGAGAGCUCAACUAAUCCAAGAAUGUCACCUUCAGGUUUUAGUGAUGUGAACAUUGCUGGCUCUGCCACUGCGGCCACCCAGACUGUGGCCGUUCCCGUUCCACUGGACACCUCCGAGCAGCACAGUAAGGAGGGUUCUCAUUCCCCAGCUUCUGCGAGACAGAAAAAGCGUCGCCGGGGUGGCAAAGCGUCGUGGAGCCAUGGAGGCGCCCGAUGUGGCGGUCAGGGGAGCCUGGAGAAAGCCCUGGCCAGCUUCCUGAACUGGCAGCGGUCGGCAGAGGAGCGCCUCCUCUCCCUGGAGGAGGCGCGGCUGGAGAGAGAGCUGCAGGCCGAGGAGCGCAGGGAAGAGCGGGAGGAGAGGAGGGCGGAACAGGAGCGCCAGCACGAGCUACGUCUGUUCAGCAUGCUCACGGGGGCGUUGGUUGCCGUCGGACAGGUUGCUCCGACCACGGCGACGACGGCGCCAACUGACCCCCCUGUUUCACCCCACACUAAUCCGUCAACCUCAGGGAUGACCACGGCCGCCCCCUCCGACUCGCCAUCUUUAUCUCGGCCGCCUUCAGAAGCUCCCAUGGCGCAGGCUCGUUCCACGCAGGAGAAAACAACUUUAACAUCGCCUACAUCUGUCAAGGCCUCCGAAAUGUCUGAGAGUUUUUCGCCAAGGCUGAGCACGGCAAAAAAACCCUUCCGUAACGUGUACCUGUCUAAUCGUGGCAACCGCAUCCAACAGCAUUGGGGGUUUCUCCAGGAGGGCUUUGCCCUAUAUGCAAUGGACAAACACCACGACACAGACAACCCAGAUGGUAUAAUCAACAUGGGAACCAGUGAGAACAAAUUAUGCAAUGAUCUUCUACACAAGCGGCUGACCAAGCCUGACAUGCUUCACAUUGACCCAUCCUUGUUGCAGUAUUCAGACUGGAAGGGGCACAGAUUCCUGAGAGAGGCGGUUGCAAAGUUCCUGACCCACUACUGCUGUUCUCCGAGCCCGCUCAAAGCCGACAAUGUCGUGGUGAUGAAUGGUUGCGGCUCCCUUUUCUCAUGUGUUGCUGCAGUAAUUUGUGACCCCAAAGAGUCCAUUCUUAUUCCUACUCCUUUCUACGGUGCCAUCACUGAGGAUAUCAAUUUGUACAGUGAUGUCAAACUCUUCCAUGUUCCUCUGAACUGUGAGGUCGAUGGCAAAGACAGUCGGCCCUUCCACCUCACUGUAGGGAAACUAGAAAAGGGUCUGAAAAGAGCUGAGCAAGAGGGGUUGACAAUCCGAGCCGUUAUACUAAUGAACCCCCACAACCCCUUGGCUGAAAUCUACACCCUGGAGGAGAUGAUUGGCUUCUUGGAGUUUGCCAAAAGAAAUGAACUCCACGCCAUUAUAGAUGAAGUGUACAUGCUGACGGUCUUUGAUGAAUCCGUCACCUUCCACAGUGUUCUUAGUGUCGACAGUUUGCCCGACCCACAGAGGACGCAUGUAAUGUGGGGGAUGAGCAAGGACUUUGCAAUGGCAGGUUUGAGAUUAGGCACUCUGUACACUGAGAACAAAGACCUCGUGGGAGCGGUGGCCCAGCUGGGCUCAUUCCACGGUGUCACUGGAACUACGCAGCACCAGGUAGCACAGCUGCUUCAGGACAGAGAGUGGAUCAGUGAGGAGUUUUUGCCGGGGAACAGAAGCAGACUGAAAGCCGCCCACAGCUACGUGACAGGGAAGCUGCAGAGUAUGAGCAUCCCGUACCUGGACAUGCCUGCUACGCUGUACAUCUGGGCCGACCUCAGGAAGUUCCUCAGAGAGUCGACGUUUGAGGAGGAGUUGUCUCUGUGGAGGAGUUUUAUCCGACACAAGGUGGUGUUGAGCUGUGGUCAGGCCUUCAGCUGCUCCACGCCCGGCUGGUUCCGCAUCGUCUUUGCAGACAAACACAGCCACCUUCAGCUCGGCCUGAAGCGAUUCAGGGAGGCUUUGAAAGAAAUCGAAGAAAAAAGUGCCAGCCCGGAUUCGCGCUCCAUCAAAGAAGCCAGUGAGGAGAGCAAACAGUCGGUGAAAGAGGACAGUGCCGAUUUGGACAAUGCUGCGAUUGUUAAUUCCACAUCAUCUCCCCGGCGCAAGUCAUCCGACCAGCCGCAGGAGAAGGAUGGCCCUGUUCCUGACACGGGCCCGCUGGCCACCGAGGAGUUUGUGUUGCUUGACUGCCAAGCGUCGGAGCACGCGGAGAGUCUGGACACCCUGAUUGGUACUCUCAGGCAUCAAAUCCGCUCCUCUGAUUGGCUGGAGAAAAACACUCCGGAGCUGUCUGCCGGAGAGGACCCAGAGAUUCUCGAUGUAUUCAAGGCCCUGCUGCAGAGGGCCAGGAAGUAGGCUUAGGAUAUAAACAGGCGCGAACGUGGCUGCCAAUGUUCGAGAGGCAGCACAUUAGCGUUCCCCCAGCUCCCUGCAUCCACGGCGAACAGCUCGACUCAAACCCCUGACACGAGGACACAAUCUGAUUCCUGUUUAUGAGGAGUCGUUUUUCACUUUAAUUUUUCACCAUUUCAUGUACCAAACAACUAAUCGAUUAAUUGCUAAAAUAAUCGACAUAUUAAUCAAUUAUGAAAAAGAAAUCAUUGGUUGCAGCCCUACUUUGCUAUCUGCAUAUUGAGGUCUUGUUUCCAAGCUACUGAGGAAGACGGCCUCGCAACUUUUGUCAUCCACAGUCGAAAGAUUUAUGUUCAAAUUCUAAGUGAAUGCCAAAAAUGUAAAUCAACCAAAGGCAGCCAUGUUCUAUUCUCAAAAAUGUUUAGGUCUCUUCAUCUGAAUAGAUUAUUAUUAUUAUUAUUAUAAUCAUAUGCACUUUAUUUCGUCAGGAGGUAUUGUUCUUUCAAGUCAAGUUAAUGAUGAAUGUCGAAUAAAGGAAUGAAUCGUGUUUAUUUGACCAUAAUCUUACAUUUUGAGUCAUUCUGAAAUAAGCCGACUUUGAUUAUAUGUGUUUGUUUUAAGAAAUCUAAUGUCUUACUUAAUACAAAACAUGCCCAGAACACAU